CGGGAGGCGGGGUAAGAGCGCCACGGCCUCGGCUGAAGGGAUCGGAGGAAGAAAGGGAGGAGCCCUUCCUGCAGCGCUGGAACCAUGGUGCUCACGCUCGGAGAAAGUUGGCCAGUAUUGGUAGGGAAGCGAUUCCUCAGUCUGUCCGCAGCCGACGGCAGCGACGGCGGCCACGACAGCUGGGACUUGGAGCGCGUCGACGAGUGGCCCUGGCUCUCCGGGACCAUUCGAGCCGUCUCCCACACCGACGUUACUAAGAAGGAUCUGAAGGUGUGUGUGGAGUUUGAUGGGGAAUCUUGGAGGAAGAGAAGAUGGAUAGACGUGUACAGCCUUCUAAGGAGAGCCUUUUUAGUGGAACAUAACUUGGUUUUGGCUGAACGGAAGUCUCCUGAAGUUUCUGAGCGAAUUGUUCAGUGGCCUGCGAUAAUGUACAGACCUCUGCUGGACAAAGCUGGUUUGGGAUCCAUAACGUCUAUUCGCUUUUUAGGAGAUCAACAAAGAGUAUUUCUUUCUAAAGACCUUUUAAAGCCUAUACAGGAUGUAAACAAUCUUCGACUUUCACUUAUCGAUAAUCAGAAUGUCAGUAAAGAAUUUCAAGCUUUGAUUGUGAAACAUUUGGAUGAAAGCCAUCUUUUACAAGGUGACAAAAACUUAGUUGGUUCAGAAGUAAAAAUUUAUAGCUUGGACCCAUCUACUCAGUGGUUUUCUGCAACCAUUGUAAAUGGAAACCCAACAUCAAAAACUCUUCAAGUCAACUGUGAGGAGAUUCCAGCACUGAAAAUUGUCGAUCCAUCACUGAUUCAUGUUGAAGUUGUACAUGAUAACUUUGUGACAUGUGGUAAUUCUACAAGAAUUGGGGCUAUAAAACGCAAAUCUUCUGAGAAUAAUGGAAGCCUGGUUUCCAAACAAGCAAAAUCUUGCUCUGAGGCCUCUCCCAGUGUGUGUCCUGUACAGUCUGUUCCCACAACAGUUUUUAAGGAGAUACUGCUCGGCUGCACUGCAGCCACUCCGCCAAGUAAGGACCCGAGACACCAGAGUACUCCCCAGGCUGCCAACUCGCCACCUAACCUUGGAGCAAAAAUUCCUCAAGGAAGUCAUAAACAGAUUUUACCAGAACUUUCUUCCUGUCUAAAUACGAAGCCUGAAAUACUGAGAACACCAGAUGUUGUCUGUAAAGUAGGGUUGCUCUCUUCAAAGUCCUCUCAGAUUGGAACUGGAGACUUGAAAACCCUGAGUGAACCAAAGGGAAGCUAUACCCAGCUGAAGACAAACACUGACCAGGAAAGCAGCUUGGAAUCUUUUCCUCCAUCAUCGACUGACCUUCCUAGGGAGUGCUUACCUACAAAGGCUUCUUCUACGGCAGAACUGGAAAUUGCCAGUACUCCUGAACUGCAGAAGCAUCUCGAACAUGGACCUUCCACAUCUGAUGUCCUUUCAAAUAAGCCAGAAGAGAAAGCAGAUGUCAAUAGUAAUAGUCCUAAUUGUUGUGUAGAAAAAAAGGUAGAACCUUCAACUUUAGGUUGCCAGUCACAGAAUUUAAAGGAGUCUUCAGCAAAAGUAGAUACUGAAAGCUGUUGUACAAGAAGCAACAAUAAAAUCCAGAAUGCCCCAUCCCGGAAGUCGGUUUUGACAGACCCAGCCAAACUCAAGAAGCUGCAGCAGAGCGGUGAGGCCUUUGUGCAGGACGACUCUUGCGUGAACAUCGUUGCGCAGCUGCCCAAGUGCCGGGAGUGUCGCUUGGACAGCCUCCGAAAGGAUAAGGAGCAGCAGAAAGACUCGCCCGUGUUUUGCCGCUUCUUUCACUUCAGGAGGUUACAGUUCAACAAACAUGGUGUAUUGCGGGUAGAAGGCUUCUUAACACCAAACAAGUAUGACAGUGAAGCAAUUGGCUUGUGGUUGCCUUUAACCAAAAAUGUUGUUGGGACUGAUUUGGACACAGCAAAGUAUAUCCUGGCCAACAUUGGAGACCACUUCUGUCAAAUGGUGAUUUCUGAAAAGGAAGCUAUGUCAACUAUUGAGCCACACAGACAGGUUGCUUGGAAGCGAGCUGUCAAAGGUGUUCGAGAAAUGUGUGAUGUGUGUGACACCACCAUCUUCAACCUGCACUGGGUGUGUCCUCGGUGUGGGUUUGGAGUGUGUGUGGAUUGCUAUCGGAUGAAGAGGAAAAAUUGCCAACAGGGCGCUGCCUACAAGACUUUCUCAUGGCUGAGAUGUGUGAAGAGCCAGAUACAUGAACCAGAGAACCUCAUGCCUACGCAGAUCAUUCCUGGAAAAGCCCUCUAUGAUGUUGGAGACAUUGUUCAUUCUGUAAGAGCAAAAUGGGGAAUAAAGGCAAAUUGUCCCUGUUCAAACAGGCAGUUCAAACUCUUUUCAAAGCCAGCCUCAAAGGAAGACAUAAAACAGACUUCCUUGGUUGGAGAAAAAUCGACUCUUGGUGCCGGGCUCCAGCAGAGCCCCUCGGUGUUGGAGCCCGUGGCUGUAGGUGGGGAGGCUGCGUCCAAGCCGGCCAGCAGCAUGAAGCCUGCCUGUCCAGCCAGCACAUCUCCUUUGAACUGGCUGGCAGACCUGACCAGCGGCAAUGUCAACAAGGAAAACAAGGAAAAACAACCAACGAUGCCAAUUUUAAAGAAUGAAAUCAAAUGCCUUCCACCCCUACCCCCCUUGAGCAAAUCCAACACAGUCCUCCACACCUUUAACAGCACAAUUUUGACACCUGUAAGCAACAACAAUUCUGGUUUCCUCCGAAAUCUCUUGAAUUCCUCUGCAGGAAAGACAGAAAAUGGACUCAAGAAUACACCAAAAAUCCUUGAUGACAUCUUCGCCUCUUUGGUGCAAAAUAAGACCUGCUCCGAUUUAUCUAAGCGGCCGCAAGGACUGACCAUCAAGCCCAGCAUCCUGGGCUUCGACACUCCUCACUACUGGCUGUGCGACAGUCGCCUGCUGUGCCUGCAGGAUCCCAACAACAAGAGCAACUGGAACGUGUUCAGGGAGUGCUGGAAGCAGGGGCAGCCAGUGAUGGUGUCAGGAGUGCAUCAUAAACUGAACACUGAACUUUGGAAACCAGAAUCCUUCAGGAAAGAGUUUGGAAAUCAGGAAGUUGACCUCGUUAAUUGCAGAACCAAUGAAAUCAUCACAGGAGCCACAGUAGGAGACUUCUGGGAUGGAUUUGAAGAUGUUCCGAACCGCUUGAAAAAUGAAAAAGAGCCAAUGGUGCUGAAACUUAAGGACUGGCCACCAGGAGAAGAUUUUAGAGAUAUGAUGCCCUCCAGGUUUGAUGAUCUGAUGGCCAACAUUCCACUGCCUGAGUACACAAGGAGAGAUGGCAAACUUAACUUGGCCUCGAGGCUGCCAAACUACUUUGUUAGGCCAGAUCUGGGUCCCAAGAUGUAUAAUGCUUAUGGGCUGAUAUUUCAGCAAACUGGAAAGAAAGGAAAGUGCAGCAGAGCCCUAGGGCCAUGGUCCGCGGUUGAAAUGAUAAGGUCCCCUCUCCUGUGUAUAGCUGCUCCUAAACUACAGACCCCUGCAAGCCAGAGAGAAGUUCCUUGGCCUCCGAAUGAGACAGGGCUGCUUCAGGGCCUGGCAGGAUUAAUUACUCCAGAAGAUCGGAAAUAUGGGACGACAAAUCUUCACUUAGAUGUAUCUGAUGCGGCUAAUGUCAUGGUCUAUGUGGGAAUUCCCAAAGGACAGUGUGACCAAGAAGAAGAAGUCCUUAAGACCAUCCAAGACGGAGAUUCUGAUGAACUCACGAUAAAGCGAUUUAUUGAAGGAAAAGAGAAGCCAGGAGCCCUCUGGCACAUAUAUGCUGCUAAGGACACAGAGAAGAUACGAGAAUUUCUUAAAAAGGUAUCAGAAGAGCAAGGUCAAGAAAACCCCGCAGACCACGAUCCCAUUCAUGAUCAGAGCUGGUAUUUAGACCGAUCACUAAGGAAGCGUCUUCAUCAGGAGUAUGGAGUCCAGGGCUGGGCCAUCGUGCAGUUUCUUGGAGAUGUGGUAUUUAUCCCAGCAGGAGCUCCGCAUCAGGUUCAUAACUUAUAUAGCUGUAUCAAAGUGGCUGAAGAUUUCGUUUCUCCAGAGCAUGUUAAACACUGCUUCUGGCUUACUCAGGAAUUCCGCUAUCUGUCACAGACUCAUACGAAUCAUGAAGAUAAAUUACAGGUGAAGAAUGUUAUCUACCAUGCAGUGAAGGAUGCGGUUGCUAUGCUGAAAGCCAGUGAAUCCGGUUUUGGCAAACCCUGAGGGUCCCAGAGGCGCCUUACCCCUGCACAUUGGAAGUGAAUUACUGGCAGCUGUUCAAACUCUUCAGGCAGGAAUCCUGUGGACUUUGAGACUCAUGUUACCUCAUUUUCUUUUUUAAACUGUACCCACCUGGUAAGGGUACUCUGUCUAAUGUAUAUUUCUAGUGUUUACAGACACUAAAUGUGUAUAUGUAGUAACUAUUUACAGAACAUGCAUCCUUAAACUGUGACUUCUCACCUAGUGCAGAGCUUCUACCCAGCUGUAAAAACAGAAGCCCGUAUCAGCUCUGGAACAAGACCUGCAGUUACUCCCCAGCUGUGUGGUUGGACAGCUUAGUCAAAUGGGUUAUAACUCUUAGGAAUCACCGCGCAGUUUAUUUGGGUUGUGUUUUGUUGUGUCUGAGUACCCUCUCCCCGACCCCUUAGGGUUCAGAAGGGCAGUGGAGGAAGCGACCACCGACGUUUGGAUGUUGUAUUGCCUUAGGACUGGCAUUAUAUAGCAGAGGUCAGCUACUGCACCAUUCUUGGGGUUAACCUUCUUUAGUUAAACGGAGUUUUAAUUUAAAUGAAGCUUUGCUAAUUUUAAGUGUUAAGCAUUUUGCAUUAAAGUAUUCAUAUAAUG